ACUCUCUACCGACCCGUAGGGUGUACGAGAAGAGCACUAUAACCUGACGCGAGCAUGCCAGCGCAGGGACCAUCUAAGCCUGGGUGCCUACCAUAACCUUUCAAAAAACAAUCUUAUUUCAAUUUAAAUCAUGGCGUCUGGGGCAGCGUUGGAAGUGAACAAGAUGAAGGCUCUAGAGGACCGCAUCAAAGCGCCUUCAGUGUGGGGCAGAAUGCCAAUCGGUCUUCGAUUCGAGGAUCUGCAAGAUCGGAGAUACGACGAGGCUGCCAAGUUCUUAAAGAAGCACUAUCUGAAUGAAGAGAUAACCUAUAGAUCCAUGAAAAUAAUAGAAGACAAAGAAGGAACAGAUGAGUUCAUCCACAACGCUCGUAUUUGGAUGAAGGACAAAAUGUCCAUUGCGGUCAUCAAGGAAGGCACAGACAAGCUGGUUGGUCUUCUUAUUAUGAGGAUACAGGAAAAGAAUGCAUUCUCCCGUACAUUCAGCCGCGUGAAGAUUACGUACAACCCUCUCUAUUCAGCUGUUAUGAAGUAUUACAACGAGGUCGAAUACCCGGUGAAUGUAUUCGAGGUUCUGAAAUGUAGAAGAUAUUUGAAGAUAUAUAUUAUGGCUGUAAAACAUCGGUAUAGACAUAGAGGGGUGAUCAAACAGCUAUUGAAGUCAUCCGUCGGUUUGGCAGCCAGCGCGUUUGUACCGGGUAUGAUGGGAAUCUUCACCACUGGAAGAGGACAGCAGAUCGCCGAAGAAAUUGGCUUUAAAAAAUACAACGAAAUUUAUUACAUUCGAUACAUUGUUGACGAUAAGAUAUUGAUUUGGGAUAUCGGCUCCGGAAAUUAUGGAGCAGCCGUCAUGGCGUACCGAAUUCCUGGUAUUGAAGAACCAACAGACCCUUUACAAGUAGUAUCAUCGUCGAGAUUCAACAUCGAUAUAGAUGAUGAAGAAGAGGCACAAACAACAGAAGCGACAAAAGAAGAAAGUGAAAAGACAGCGGCACAACCAGAAAAUAAAUAAUAAAUACAC